AUGACAGACGGUGCAAGAACUCGCGCCGACAGCCCGCGGGAGCUCCUCCAGCGCUUUGGAGGCCGGGAGCGACGUCGUGCCGCACUCGCCCUCGACGUUCUGUCCCGGGAAAGGCGUUCGGGACGUCCAUUGUCGCGCCUGGCUACCUAUUUGAGCGCGCUCCGGUGUCUUGAGAUACUGCGUGAUGAACACCGGGGACGGGCCCGGCUCUGGGGUCCGUGGAUCCCGGAUUCCACGUUUCGCAGGACCGUCUCCUCUCAAACUCAAGGACGUCAACGGCGAGGCCGCGGACCGCUCGCCGGUCGGGGCGAAGCGAAAGAGCCCCAGCGGCCCCCCACCCGGACCGACGCCGCGGUCCACGCGCUCCAAGCGCACCGCCGCGGUCGUCACAGCCACCAAGCCCACCGCCGCAGCGGAGGAGCGCAGGGGCGACUCCUGGGAGGACAUCGUUGCGAUCACAGGCAUGACCGUUCCGGACCUGCUCGCGCUGAAGAUGACGGGCAAAAGCAAGUUCGACCUCAAGGGCAAGAUCACGCAGCAAAUGGACUACAUCCGGCAGCUCCGCGCCUGCACGCGGUACCACUACGACCGCCUCGCGUUCGCGGAGGAGCGCGCCGACAGCGCCGAGGCCCGCGAGACCGACGCGAUGCGCCACCGCGCCGAACAGCAGGAGGCCGCCGAGCGCGCGCUCGGGGCGCUCAAGAGCGAAGCCGCGGCGCUGCAGCGCGCGCUGAGCGACGCCACCGCCCGCGCGGAGGCCGCGGAGCGCCGCGGCGCGGCCCUGAUCGCCGACGUCGCGGACCGCGACCGCGCGAAGGCGGACCUCGCCGCGCAGAUCGAGCGCGUCGCGGCGGAGCGCGAGCGCGCGCAGCAGGACGCCACGGCGGCGCAGGCGGCGCUGGCGGAGGCGCGCGCCGCCGGGCACAAGACGCAGGAGUACGCCACGUCGUUGCAGGACCUCGCGGCGCGUCUCCAGUCGGAGAACGCGCAGCUGCAGCGGGAGCUGGCGCGGCUGCAGUCGGAGAAGGGCGCGCUGAUCGAGGAGGCGGCGGAGCUGAAGGGCGGCGCGGCGGCGGCGCGGUCGGAGUGCGCGGCGGCGAGCGCGGCGCUGGAGGGCGCGGGGGCGCGGCGGCGCAGGAGGAGGUCGAGCUGCGGGAGCAGGCGCGGGCGCUGGAGCGCGGCGCAGGAGGGGCGGCGGCGGCGAGUGCGGCGUCGGGGGCGGCGGCGCGCCUCGAGGCGGUGAGCGCCGAGCUGUCCGGCGCCAAGGCGCGGCUGCUGGAGGUGGAGGCGGCGCUGAGGGUGAGCAGCGAGGGGAGGGCGCGCGCGGAGGACGCGCUGCGGGAGGAGCGCGCGGGCGGCGAGCGGGCGCGCGCGCAGGCGGCGAGGGAGGCGGCGGCGGCGGCGGCGCGCGAGGAGGAGCUCGGGGGCAUCGUGUCGGAGCUGCGGGACCAGAAGGCGAUGCUGGAGACGUCGCGGGCGGGCGUGCAGGCGGAGUGCGAGGCGGCGAAGCAGGAGGUGCUCGCGCUCACGAAGGGCAAGGCGGCGGCCGACGCGAAGCUGGCGUCGCUGGACGAGGAGCUCUUGCGCUGGCGGAACGCCUCGAGUCAGACCCAGCAGGAGCUCGAGCGCAUGCGCACGCGGCGCGAGGCCCUCGAGGCCGAGUCCCAGGACAACGCCUCGGUCGUCGCGAGCCUCAAGGAGGAGCUCCAGGUCCUGCAGCAGCGGCAGCUCAUGUCGGAGCAGGAGGUGGGCAUGAAGGCCGGCGCGGUGCGGACGCUCGAGGCGCGCGCGGGGUCGCUGGAAGAGGAGGUCGCGCGGCUGCAGGGACGCGUGCAGGAGGGCGAGGCGGUGCGGCGGCGGCUGCACAACACGAUCCAGGAGCUGAAGGGAAACAUCCGCGUGUACUGCCGUGCGCGGCCGGCGGCGGACGGGAUGGAGGUGGACGGGGCGCGGCCGACGCUGGCGUUCCCGGCGAACACGGAGCGCGCCGAGGCCGGGAUCGACAUCAGCAUGCCGACGACGGACGCCAAGUAUCGCGGGCAGACCCACAAGUUCGACUUCGACAAGGUGUUUGGGCCGGGGUCGAGUCAGGGGGAGGUGUAUGACGAGAUCGGUCAGCUGGUGCAGAGCAGCCUGGACGGGUACAAGGUCUGCGUGUUCGCGUACGGGCAGACGGGGUCCGGGAAGACGCACACGAUGCUUGGGACGGAGGAGGACCCGGGGAUGGUCCCGCGCGCCAUGCGUCAGGUGUUCGCGCAGAGCCAGGUGCUGGCGGAGCAGGGCUGGUCGUACGACGUGUCGGCGAUGAUGCUCGAGGUCUACAACGAGCAGUACAGGGACCUCCUGGCGCGCAAGGGCGCGGAGGUGAAGCUCGGGGACGCCAAGGUGGUCCACGACGACACCACGGGCCUGACCACGGUCACCAACAUGACGCAAGUGUCGGUGCGCUCCCCGGAGCAGGCCGAGGACCUCGUGGGGCGGGCCAUGCGCGCGCGCGCGGUCGCGAGCACCAACAUGAACGACCAGUCGUCGCGUUCGCACUGCGUCUUCAUGGUCAAGCUCGUUGGGAAGAACCCGAGUCUUGGACAAGAAGUGCAUGGGUGUCUCAAUUUGGUGGAUCUGGCGGGCUCGGAGCGCCUGGCGCGGUCCGGCGCGACGGGGUCGACGCUGACGGAGACGCAGAACAUCAACAAGUCGCUGUCGGCGCUCGGGGACGUGAUCACGGCGCUGGCGGAGAAGCGGGCGCACGUGCCGUACCGGAACAGCAAGCUGACGCACCUCUUGAUGCCGGCGCUCGGCGGGGACAGCAAGACGCUCAUGUUCUUGAACGUGAGCUCGGAGGCGGAGUCGGCGCCGGAGACGCUGUCGAGUUUGAGGUUCGGGGAGAAGGUGAACGGCUGCCAGAUGAAGACGGCGAGCAAGAACGUGAAGAAGAGCGCCGGAACCCCUCUCAAGAAGAAGUAG